AUGUCUGAUUAUAAUUAUGAUGAAGACGUUGAUGGAUAUAUCGAAGAUGACAAUGGAUGUGAAGGAAUGGAAGAAGAAGAUGAUUUUGAAAUAUAAUUAGAAAACGAUUUUUAUACAGCCGAUGGUAAAUAAGAAAUUAAUUAAAAAAAUAACAAUAUAAAAUAAGAGGAAAAACAAACUGAUCCGUAAGGGGCAAUCUUAAUAUUUUAAGGAAUUAUAGAAAGAGAAGAAUCUAAAGAUAUAUAAUAACGAAAAUGGACAUUUAAAUCAUUAUUAUAGAUAAUUAUAUUAAGUGUGAAAAUAAAUCAAGUAUAGUAAUUGAUAUAAAACAUAAGUUAAAUUUUAAAAAAUAUGGAAGGAGUAAGUAAAAAUGAUGCGACAGAAGCUAUUACACAGAUAAUAGAAACUAUAAUGAAUUUAUAAGAAAACGAUACACGAUAAAAAAUAUUUGAAAUUAUAUUAGAUUAUUUAAAACAUAAAUAAAUGAUAUAAUUAUGGUAUAAUGCAUCCUUAAAAUUAUGUAAAAUAUUCUUCGAAUCUUAAGAUAAAAAUAAUUUAAAUUUACAGAAGCUUCUCGAAGAAAUAAAACAAUCAUGUAGACAUCCUGAUGGCUCUGAUGACUUUAAAAAAUCAGAAUAUCUAUUGGAAGUAUAUUCUUUAGAAAUAUAAAUAUUAAUUCAAAAAAAAUAAAUUACUAAGCUCAAAGAUAUAUACUCACGUACCAAAAAACACUAAUCCACUAUUUCAGAUCCUAAAAUUAUGGGAAUAAUUAAAGAAACAAACGGAAAAAUGCUCAUGUUUGAAAAAAACUACCAUGAUGCUGCCCUUGAACUAUUAGAAUCAUUUAAAAACUAUUAAGAAGUUGGAAAUCCUUAAGCUAAAGUUGUUCUUAAGUAUGUAGUUUUAGCUUCUAUUCUUUCAGGAUCAUCAAUUAACCCUUUUGAUAAUCGAGAAGCGAAAGUUUACAAAGAAGAUAGGGAAAUAAUUGCUAUGUAAAACUUAAGAUAUGCUUAUGAAAAUAAAGAUAUUAAUAUGUUUAAUAAAAUUAUAAAUGAUAGAUAUUCUCAUAUUAUGGAUGAUGAAUUUAUGAAAUAAUUUACAAAUUAAUUAAAAAAAGUGAUUUCUUUAGAAAAAAUAAUAAAAAUAAUUAAUCCUUAUGAAAGAAUAAAAAUAAAAUAUAUAGGAAAAUAAUUAAAUAUAGAAGAAAAUAUAGUCGAAAAUUAUCUCCAAGAACUCAUUUUAGAUAAUAAAAUUUAAGGAAAUAUUAAUAGUGUAGAAGGAUAUUAUGAAAAUGCUUUAUAUAAAAAGAAUAUUUUAGAUAAAACUAAAGAAGAUGCAAUUAAUAAAUGGAUUAAUACUAUUUAAGUUUGA